CCUGCUCUGCCAGCCUCGAAAUCUUUAGGUUGGUCCGGUUUUUUUUCUCUCUCUCUCUUUCAGUUCACACCUCAAAACAAUCAGAGCACAUCCUGAAGCCUGGCGCCUGCGAGUACUGAUUAUACUCAGCGUGUGAGGUGUGUGUGUGUGUGUGUGUGUGUGUUGCGGAAAGUAUCGGCAGGAAUAACAGCACAGGAGCGAUGUGGAAAGGUUGCGCACAAACACGCAGGAUCUCCUGAAGUUCGGGCGGAUGUGACGAGCCACGAUGAAAGGAGGUUCAUAGCCAAGUGGACUUCUAUGAAUGUGAGCAACGCAGUCCUCUUCAAUCCUCAAACCUACCCUGAAUACAACCUGCUCUCUCAAAGAGGAGAGCAGAGAAGCAAUAUAGUUCCAUUGACACAAUUCCUAAAACGCCAUGACGACGUCAUCCUUGCGCCGCUCCGUUAAGAACAUCGUGAACAACUACACGGAGGCGGAGAUCAAAGUGCGAGAGGCGACCUCUAAUGACCCAUGGGGUCCUUCGGGUUCACUCAUGAUGGAGAUCGCAGAGCUGACGUUUAACGUGGUGGCCUUCGCCGAAGUCAUGGGGAUAAUCUGGAAGCGCAUGAACGACCACGGCAAGAACUGGCGCCACGUCUAUAAGGCGCUGACGCUGCUGGAUUACCUGUUGAAGACGGGCUCGGAACGCGUGGCUCAGCAAUGCAAGGAGAACAUCCACGCCAUCCAGACGCUCCGGGAUUUCCAGUAUGUCGACCGCGAAGGACAGGACCAGGGUGUGAACGUGCGGGAGAAGGCCAAGCAGCUUGUUUCUUUGCUCCAAAACAACGAGAAAUUGAAGCAAGAGAGAAGCCAGGCUCAGACCACGCGUGAGCGUACGGCUCACACCAGCAGCGUCAUGGCGUACGGCUCCAUGCCUCCACCCUACUCGGGAAGCCGUGUCAGUCAACCCAGCAUGGCGGCCAUCCACGGGGACACGUACGGCCGCUCUCGAGGCACGCCCUCCUCACAGAACAUGUCCACCUCGCCCCAUCACCUGACCACAGAACUGGAGCAGGCGCGGCCGCAAACCAGCGGCGAGGAAGAGCUACAGCUGCAGCUGGCUUUGGCCAUGAGCCGAGAAGAGAGCGAGAAGCCGCCUCCUCCUGUGGAUAUUGAUGAGCAGACACAACUCCAGAUUGCAAUGAGCCUGAGCAAGGAGGAGGCUCAAAAGAAGCCUCCUCCUGCGGUCGCCUUGGAUAUGGAUGAAGAGACGCAGCUACAGAUUGCUCUGAGCCUCAGUAAGGAGGAACAUCAGCAGGAGCAGCGAAGUCGCCAGGGAGAUGAGUCGUUGCUCCAGAAAGCUCUUGAAGAGAGUAAACGAGAAAUGGAAGCCAAAGGAGGAGGGUCUGCCAUGUUGGAUCUGUUGGAUAUUUUCGCUCCAGUCUCUGAAGCGCCACCUAGUGCCAGCCCGUGGGAUCCGUCUAGAGCUGGUGGUCACGCGCAGGCCGUGGGACCGCUCAGGGUCGACCCGUGGGAUUCUCUGGAGCCUAGUUCCUCGACUCUAGGUCCUGGCAGCUCCUGGGCGGCACCUUCCAGUCUUCGCUCUCAGCCCUGGGACCAUCGCUCACGUCCUCCUGACCCAUGGGAAGCUCCUCAGAAGGCCUCCAGUCCUGUUCCCUCGAAUCAGACAUGGGCCUCAAGUGCUCCCCCUGCAGCCACAGGAAUAGAUCCUUUCACACCUCUAGCAGCAGACAAAAAAGGAUCUAAUGUUCCAGUCAAAGGCUCAUCACAACGGCCUGGGAGUCCCAUGGAUGGAGAUCUUUUUGAUGAUGCAAUGGAUGGAGGUCAGGUGAACGUUAAUGGCCGUAGUGAGGGAAGUCCAGAGUUAUUUGACCUGUCUCGUUUGGGAGAAAGUUUAGCAGAGCCAAUGCCUCGGACCUGUCGUACUCCGGAAGCCUUCCUGGGCCCUGCAGCCGCCUCGCUUGUCAAUCUCGACUCCCUGAUCCCACCAAGUAACGCUCCUAAAAACUUAAACCCAUUCUUGACAGGUCCGAGUAUUCCUUCCGUCACAAAUCCAUUCCAAAGCGAGCAGCCACGCUUGACUCUCAAUCAGAUGCGUCCCAGCUCCACGUCCCCUGUUCCCAGCUCGCUGCAAUACAGCACCUCUCUGCCUCUGCCUGCGAGCCAUCAGCCUUCAUCCCUACCCAGCUCCUUUACCCAGCCUUCAGAGGGACACGUUAACAUGCCGGGGAACCUGCCUCAACCGCUGCUGCCCCUCUCAUCGGCAUCUACAUCCACACCCGCACAGCCAGAUCAGAGUCAGAACCCGUUCCUCUGAGGCCUGGACUGAGCAGAACUACAUGCUGCCUGAAUGUAAGCUUGCUGAACUGAGUAACGACGCUUAUAACGGAGUGACGAUUUGACUGCAGACUUGGAUCUAAACUGGAAUAUAGUCCGAUUUAAUGAAUGACACUACUGUUUUAUACCGGCUAACUAUUUUCACAGCUCUUUGCUAUUGCUACUUAUCCUCUUGUAUCCAUCUGCACUACAAAACCAGUGUGUCUUUAUAAUCUUAGAAAGAAACAGCACAAGUUUGUUUUUUGUUUUUCUAUGGCAUCAUGAUCCAAUUUCAGAUAAAACUUUAACCUACUCUGUAAUGACCAAUAACCCUGCAACACAUUACAGCUUCAUUGAUCUUUCUAGACCUGCUUCAAUAACCCUUCCUUUAGUAUUCCAUACAUCCUGAUGGCUUCCUGUUCACUGCACUCCGGAUUAUUCAUUAUGGAUGACUUGAUGGUAAGCACGGAAGCUAUCCAACAGCCCCAUCACGAUGAUGAAGCUCACUCGCGCGAGGAUGUCCAGUAUGCCAGAUAUAACACCACACCAAAAUCUGUUGUUUUUG